CCUGGAACAACGGGAAAUUUAAGAGGAGGAGUGGGAGGAGGAGGAAGUGGCAGCCCCGCCCGACUCAGGGAUGGAAGGACCUUUCUAGCAGGGUGACUGUAAAGUCUCACAAGGCAUUUAGGUCUAGAAUUGUGCUGCUGACUGGUUGAAAGGCCUUGGCUGACAGGAGAAGGAGAGAGAUGGAUCAGGUGGCAACCUUGCAGCUCGAGUCUGUCGACCUGCAGAUCUCCAGGAACAACAAAGAGCACCACACGCAGGAGAUGGGCAUCAAUCGGCUCACUGUGCGGCGCGGCCAGCCCUUCCACCUCCGGCUGAGCUUCAGCCGACCCUUCCAGUCCAAGACCAACCACAUCACCUUUGUGGCUGAAACCGGACCCAAGCCAUCAGAGCUGCUGGGGACCCGAGCCACAUUCUUCCUCACCCGGGUCCGGCCUGGGAAUGUCUGGAGUGCUUCUGAUUUCACCACUGACUCCAACUCUCUCCAAGUCUCCCUUUUCACACCAGCCAAUGCAGUUAUUGGCCAUUACACUCUGAAGAUAGAGAUCUCUCAGGGCCAGGAUCACAGUGUGACUUACCUGCUGGGAACUUUCAUCCUACUUUUUAACCCUUGGAGUGCAGAGGAUGACGUCUACCUGCCAAGUGAAAUACUGCUGCAGGAGUAUGUCAUGAGAGAUUAUGGCUUUGUUUACAAGGGUCAUGAAAGAUUCAUCACCUCCUGGCCAUGGAACUACGGGCAGUUUGAAGAGGACGUCAUAGACAUCUGCUUUGAGAUCCUGAACAAGAGCCUGUAUUACUUAAAGAACCCGGCCAAAGACUGUUCCCAGCGGAACGACGUGGUGUACGUGUGCAGGGUGGUGAGUGCCAUGAUCAACAGCAAUGAUGACAAUGGCGUGCUGCAGGGGAACUGGGGUGAGGACUACUCCAAGGGGGUCAGCCCUCUGGAGUGGAACGGCAGUGUGGCCAUCCUACGGCAGUGGUCAGCCAGGGGCGGGCAGCCUGUGAAGUAUGGACAGUGCUGGGUCUUCGCUUCUGUUAUGUGCACCGUGAUGAGAUGCUUAGGUGUUCCAACUCGUGUUGUUUCCAAUUUCCGUUCUGCGCACAACGUGGAUAGGAACUUGACCAUCGACACGUACUAUGACCGAAAUGCAGAGAUGCUGUCAACUCAGAAACGAGACAAAAUAUGGAACUUCCAUGUGUGGAAUGAGUGCUGGAUGAUCCGGAAAGAUCUCCCGCCAGGAUACAACGGGUGGCAGGUUCUGGACCCCACUCCCCAGCAGACCAGCAGUGGGCUGUUCUGCUGUGGCCCGGCUUCUGUGAAGGCCAUCAGGGAAGGGGAUGUCCACCUGGCCUAUGACACCCCUUUUGUGUAUGCCGAGGUGAACGCUGAUGAAGUGAUUUGGCUCCUCGGGGAUGGCCAGGCCCAGGAAAUCCUGGCCCACAACACCAGUUCCAUCGGGAAGGAGAUCAGCACCAAGAUGGUGGGGUCAGACCAGCGCCAGAGCAUCACCAGCUCCUACAAGUACCCAGAAGGAUCCUCUGAGGAGAGAGCUGUCUUCAUGAAGGCUUCUCGGAAAAUGCUGGGCCCCCAAAGAGCUUCUUCGCCCUUCCUGGAUCUCCUGGAAUCCAGGGAUCUUAGGAAUCAGCCAGUGCAGCUGCAGCUUCACCUGGCCAGGAUGCCCGAGUGGGGCCAGGACCUGCAGCUGCUGCUGCGUAUCUGGAGGGUGCCAGACAGCACCCACCCUUGGGGGCCCAUCAGACUGGUGGUGCACUUCUGUGCACAGGCCCUGCUGCAUGGGGGUGGCACCCAGAAGCCCCUCUGGAGGCACAUGGUGCGGUUGAACCUGGACUUUGGGAAGGAGACACAGUGGCCGCUCCUCCUGCCCUACAGCAAUUACAGAAACAAGCUGACGGACGAAAAGCUCAUCCGCGUGUCUGGCAUCGCUGAGGUUGAAGAGACAGGGAGGUCCAUGCUGGUCCUAAAAGAUGUCUCUCUGGAGCCUCCCCACUUGUCUAUUGAGGUGUCUGAGAGAGCUGAGGUGGGAAAGGCGCUGAGAGUCCACAUCACCCUCACCAACAACUUGAUGGUGGCUCUGAGCAGCUGCAUGAUGGUGCUGGAGGGAAGUGGUCUCGUCAAUGGUCAGAUAGCUAAGGACCUUGGGACUCUGGUGGCUGGACACACCCUCCAAAUUCAACUGGACCUCUACCCCACCAAAGCCGGACCCCGCCAGCUCCAGGUUCUCAUCAGCAGCAAUGAGGUCAAGGAGAUCAAAGGCUACAAGAACAUCUUCGUCACUGCAGCUGGGGCUCCCUGAGCCCUGCCCUCUGGCUACCCACCCUGUCACCCCUGCCCCGCCUUGUUCCUUUCUAAUCCUGACCUUGUUGUUAUGGCUCCAUCUCUAUCCUCUGUCCAGUCUGCCUGGGAGUGAAUGAAGCUCUGUUAAAGACACCGUGUGCUUUGGGAAGAGACAAUAAAGACAUCUUUAUUGAUCA